UUUAACAGCUCGGAGCGGUUUUCCUUCGAUGUAAACUGUCUCUUCACCAGUCAGGGCACUCUUUGCAGAGGGAAGAAGACGCUGGAUUUGUUACUGAUGAAGCCUAGUUGUGCGAGCUAGCAUGUAGUGAGUCUGUAGCUUUAUUUGUAUUUGCAAUAUGAAGAAUGGAAGAAGACGACGUUACUAUCAGAGAGCAGAAUUUCCACAGCCAAGUUCGAGAGUACAUCAUUUGCUUCCUCCUGUUUGCGGUCCUCUACAUCGUGUCCUACUUCAUCAUAACCAGAUACAAGCGGAAGAGUGAUGACCAUGAGGAUGAAGAUGCUGUUGUCAAUAGAAUAUCAUUAUACUUGUGCACCUUCACCCUGGCAGUGUCGGGUGGUGCCGUCUUCCUACUGCCUUUCUCAAUCAUUAGUAACGAGAUCCUCCUCUCCUUCCCCAAAAACUAUUACAUUCAGUGGCUCAAUGGCUCCCUCAUCCACGGUCUGUGGAACCUGGUGUCACUGUUCUCCAACCUUUGCCUCUUUGUCCUGAUGCCCUUUGCUUAUUUCUUCCUGGAGUCUGAGGGCUUUGCAGGAUCUAAAAAGGGCAUUAGGGCGCGUAUUCUAGAGACCUUUGUGAUGCUCUUCCUGCUGGCGCUGCUCAUCCUGGGCAUCGUGUGGGUGGCGUCAGCGCUCAUUGACAAUGACGCAGCCAGUAUGGAGUCGCUCUACGAUCUUUGGGACUUUUACCUACCGUACCUCUACUCCUGUAUAUCUCUGAUGGGAGGACUGCUGUUACUCAUGUGCACUCCUGUGGGAUUGUCCAGGAUGUUCACCAUCAUGGGCCAGUUACUAGUGAAGCCAACAAUCCUGGAGGACCUGGAUGAGCAGAUUUACUGCAUCCAUUUGCAGGAGGAAGCCCUUCAGAGGAGAUUAAACGGAUCGUGCUCACACGCUUAUACUCGAGGAAGCUCUACUCACCAGCUCAGCAAAGAACUGGACAAUAUUAGAAAUCUGAAGAAUAAAUUGGAGAGAAGAAAGAAAGCAUCAGGUUGGGAGAAGAACUUGUUGUAUCCCAUAGUGAUGCUGAUCCUGCUCGCAGGAACGACUAUUUCAGUUCUUAUGGUGGUAUUCAAUAUCCUCUACCUUCUGGUGGAUGAGACUGCCAUGCCCAAGGGAUCCACGGACCGAGGCAUUGGGAACACCUCGCUGUCCACAUUUGGCUUGGCUCAGGCAGUGCUGGAGAUCAUCCUCAUGUUCUACUUGAUGGUGUCCUCCGUCGUUGGCUUCUACAGCCUGCGAAUCUUUGAGGGACUCACUCCCAGGAACGAUGACACAACCAUGACAACGAUCAUUGGUUGCUGUGUGUCCAUCUUGGUCCUGAGUUCAGCCCUGCCAGUGAUGUCCAGAACUCUAGGUAUCACCAGGUUUGAUCUCUUGGGAGACUUUGGGAGAUUUAAUUGGCUGGGAAACUUUUACAUUGUCCUUUCAUACAACCUGCUGUUUGCGGUCGUGACCACACUCUGUCUUGUGAGAAAAUUCACCUCAGCUGUACGGGAAGAGCUUCUUAAGGCCUUAGGUCUGGAUAAAUUGCAACUGUCAAACAGCCCCACCGACCCUGAAUCUGGGAAGCUAUCGGCCAACGGGCAUCAGAAAACUCUGUGAUAGGGACGAUAGAUCAACACACACGCGCACACACACCUUAGUACAGCCAAAGGGAGAUUUCGACAGUACUGCCUGACAGCUGAAAGGUGAAAGGGAUUGGAAGGACCUUAAUAAACCCAGGCAGAGUCUAACGGAUGCUGCAAAUGGAGGCUGAGAGCAAUUUAGCUUCGUGACAUUCCAUCCUCUGCGUCUCGGAUGGAAGCUGGGACAGAGCCAGGGAUGAGACUGAGGAGUAAAAUAGACUGGCAUCACUGCAGUGACCUUGAUGUUGACCUCAACCACGACUGUGACUUUAAACCACCCAUCAUUUGCUUCAGGGCCACUCUUCCCCCCCCCUCCCUGCAUUGCAACCUGUUUUUUCUUCUUCAACCUCCCCCCACUGCACUAAAAGAAAGGAGUGUAAAGCAGGUGAAACAAUGUGGUUUUUUUUUUAAGUCUUACAUCUCGCUAAAAGGCAAAGGGUUCUUUUCAAUCACCCUGUCCUCAGUAAAAAUAAAUAGAAUCCCACAAUUCAAUUAGACACAUUUUUUAAUGUCAGUAUGUCCACAGUAAUCGGUGUCGGUGAUACAUGGAGCAUUUGCAGUUUAUGGUCUCUCAUCGUCUUUGAUGGGGGUGUGUGAACUGAUACAGGCAUAAGAUAAGGUGUCCAUUUUUUCAACUCAAAUUGUGAAAAUAAAAAUGUAAUAUGUUAGGUAUAAAAGAAGUCAAAGUUAUUAAGUCAUCACAGCCCGUACAUACAACUACACAUCAAUACAAUUUACAUUAUAUGCAUUGGCACCUGUCGUAACUGAUCGGGCUGAGACUUUAGCACUUGUCCUGUCACUUUAUUUGGCUUUACUCAAGUGCGCUUUAAAUUUAUUGAUGUCAUUAGUUUGAAUGAAGUAGGGUAAAAACCUUUUUUAGGUGCUCUAGAUUAGACUUGAGCUACUCUACAAAUUGGGAAACUUUGGGAGUUGUAUCCACUUCAGUUCUAAAAAGCAGAAUGCUUUCGUGCAUUUGGAGCUGAUCCUGUGGUUGUAUUUCCUGGUAACAAAAAUAUCACAUCUUUGCUUAUCCCCCAAAAAAUCUAUUUUAAAUUCACACAAAUGUUGUUACAUUGUCAUUUAUGUAAAUGUUGUAUUUACAUGUACAUAUUAUAUUGUGUUUCAUACCUCUUUUGCAUUAUUUGGAUGUAAAUAUUGGGCUCUUGUUGAGCCCACUGAGGGGUUAUCUGUAUUUUGUUGUACAUAUGUUUUUUUAAACACCUAAAUCUGAUGCAAACCUGUAACAGUCUCACAUACAGAAUGUGAAAAAUGUGCAACUUUGCAGCUGGUAGAAAGACUUGGUGACUAUUACAUGGCCCUAUUUACAUGUAGUUGUAUUGCUGCAUAAUCUUCUGAACUGUGAUGUUCUUUGUCUACAGAACCACCUUAAAUGCCUUAUACGAAAAGCAUCUCGCAGGCUUAAUGUUAAGGUUGUUUCUUGUUCUGUGUUGUUUGUUUAUGCACAUGUACUAAUGUGUACAUGUGCAUUGUUCGUUUCUAGACAGUUCCACUGUGAUCCCCUGUAUGCCACAGGGUUUCUAGUCUCAAGCCAGCUGCGUAAAACGUACACAUUGCUUAUUGCCAUGAAUGUUGUCUCAGUAGCUCAUCUAAUGAGAGGCUCUAUUUUGAGACUCAUUCAUUACCCAUAAGACUUGAGCACUUGCUAGGAUAGGGUUGAGUGAUCCAAUUAUUUUAUUUUUAUGGCGUUAUAAAUGUCACGUGUUUUGAUGGUGACUCAAGUGACAAAAGAUUUUAAUUUAAGUAUGCAUUUGAAACUUGAUUCUUAAGACAGGGAAUGUUUUACAUCAAAGCUGUCUACCAUUGGUUGUUGCUAUGUUACAAAGACUGGAUUUAAAGAAAACGGAACUCGAUUACGAAACUCGUGCAAAAGCCAAUCUUCUCAAAUAGGCAAAUCCGACCAGAGAAUGUUUUGUAAAGGGUGAUCUAUACAGCUCUUACCAUCUUAAAAACAAAAAGUCAUUUCACUGGAGCAGUUUGACCAAAAUUCUUAACUGGCAGAAACAUUUGGUAGAUUUUCUGGUAUGUUGUGUGCCAUUUCAUUUGUUUAGUGAGCGUCUGCACUUAAUUUAUUGAAGUUGGGACCAUGCUGAUCAUCUGUAUAAAAAUCAACAUGGCCGAAAGUGAUAUGGCAAAGCAAAAGGGAUGAUACUGUAAAUUGGACAAAUAUCAUUCUAACUGUUGGAUGAAUUAGUGAAAUUAAAAAGAAACCCAUGACUUGAUCUGAACUACAUUAACUAAAAUGGCUUGAGGUUAUGCAAACAUCCACUCAGCUGCAGACUGGUAACACUGGGCUGCGUUAAUUAGCAGCGUAGUGACACUCUCCUAAUAAAACAUCACAUUCCUCACAGUAACUUCUGAGGUAAGAACAAAAGGGACAUUUUCUAUUGAAGCAAGCUUUUCUGGUUGCCUUUACAGUACAUCUCUGGGCUGUGUGGGGGGUUUCAAGUUGAGAGUUGGCCUUUACUGUAAGUGAAGCAGCUUUUUCUCUGUACUGUCUGCAUGUCAUUUUUGGUACAUGUUUUGUGAAUGUAUUUUUUUACAAUUUCUCAGUUUGCUAAAUGUACGUUUAGUUAUUUUUUGAUGUUUGUGUGUUUGCAAAUAAAAGUAGAAAAAUUUCA